AUAACUAAUUGCUGAAAUGGAUAACAAGAUCAGCUUACCUCCCAUAAGGGACUUGUUAAACACAAGUAUGUCGACGCCAUUCACUUUACCACCGUCGUUACCACUGGUAUCGUUCAAUAGACCCUAUUUCCCCCCGUACCAGGCGGGGCCCUUGUCGCUGUAUCAGGCGGGGUCUUUAUCGCUGUACCACACAACGCCGCCGGUCCCGGCACCUGUGACAGCCCCAGAUACCAAUUACCACUACCAACUGUCAGCAGUGGACCAGCCCAGAAGCACCUCGUCAAGCGUGUCGGAGGGGUCGUCAUCCGUCGGCAACUCUAAUAGCACCAGCCCCAAGGCCACGGUGGAAAAACGCAAAACAAGAAAUAAUUUACCCAAGGAAACAACCUAUGUACUAUUAAAGUGGUUAAAUGAGCACUUAAACCACCCGUACCCUAAUUCAUUUGAAAAAAAUCACUUGAUGAUGACAACGGGGUUGAAUCAACAACAGUUGUCGAAUUGGUUUAUUAAUGCCAGAAGAAGAAAGAUCAAGGUGCUUAAGGAACAGCAGCGGAUGGGAAUAUAGGAUAUAGUUAAUGAAUAUUACGAUACGAAAAGCAUACGGACGACGGACGGAGUUGUCUGGGGGUGUCGCGGUCAAUAGAGGCGCCGAGCAUCUGCGAUGUAUCACUUAGGUGACAGCCCCUCAGCGCCGAGUCACCCAACAAGCAAUCAAUUGUGCUCGAAUCCCUCAUAUAUUUCUAGGCAAACACAAGCCUGCAGGGCGCGCGUUCCUUGGCCGCACUGGGACGGAAAUGUUUCCUCAGAGCCGAUUGCGGUGCACAUUGCUUGGUUUUAGUGCCAAGCAAGUGGUAUUGACAUUUGAAAUAACGUAUAACCGUUAACCAGUCGGAUAGACCGGUGAAUACGCUGGUAGGGUUAAAGUUUGUUAAGAAGUUGCAAUAUUUCUUGGAAUCCUAUUCCUAUUCUGCGCAAAGCUGCGAUAAGAAUGCAAAUACUGGGGAACAGAGGUACAGCGGCCUGGUGCAUGAUAGGAUGGGUGGAUGGGUGGAUAUGGUAGACGUCAUGGCUAAGCUAGAGAUUUCCAGACAUCUCCUUCAUUAGGAGAGAGAUACAGAUGAUAGAUGACGCAAUUCCAAACUUUGUUUAAGCUUAGCGGUGCUUACUUUUUAUGAGUAGCGGGAAGAGGUAAUCUCAUUUUUGUGGUAGUGACUAUCGGAUGUAUCGCUGUGGUAGUGACUAUCGGAUGUAUCGCUCUUUUGUGGAACUAACCAUUGAGGUAUGGCUCUUUUGUGAUAGUUGUACCGGAAAAUCGUUUUCCGUCAAUGAAGAUGGUACAGCGGCUAUGGCG